AUGGUUAUUGAGCAUCGGCUCACCCUCGAGAAGAUCAAGGCCGAUCACCUGCGCGUUCGCUACACUGAUCCGCUAAGCAAGAUGGCCAGAGAAGUGGGAAUCCUCAAAGUUCAGGACGACGACAAGCACAAGGUCGAGGCCGCUCUACCCCGGAUAAGUCUCCACUACUACGGAGCCAACGGGCAUUCGCGAGAAUUUGAUAUGGAGAGGGAGGCCACGCGUGGCUUCCAAAUAAACAGCCUGAUACAGCAGAGACCAGGCAUCCGCGUGUACAAGGAGGGUUUCACGACCGGCAAAACCUUCGGUAUCCUGACGAACAUACACUUCAGCAUGAAAGUGAAGCAGGAGGUCAGAGACAACCCCGACGAAAAGCUCAAGAUCAAGGAUCUCGGUAUUCCCUUGGAGAAAUUAUGGUGGCACGACAUGCACAAGUGGGCCGGCAUCGUUAACUGGAUCGCUGAAUGCACCCCGUUCGCCGCCCCGGGCGACAGUGGUGCUCUGGUAUGUGCAGUCGAAGAGAGUCAAACGGUGCCCUUGGGCAUACACAUUGGUCGCCUGACGUUCCAGGAAGACUGCAGCAUUUUGUUGGGUCUCGAAGCUUGCCCUGGAGCUACGGCCAACAACAACUCCCUCGAGAAGCUCAUCAACGGCUUCUACGGAGUGCCGCUGCCGCCACGACCUCCGCCCGCACCAACCAAGCGUAUCUCCGACAUCGCAUGGAGAGGUGACGGAGUGGAUCCGGUUUCCUCGGAAGACGGAUGGUCAACAGAAGCGCCGGAUCAGAUGCAAUCCAAGAAGAUCUGUCGUCGUCGCGCAGACCUCGAGUACCUUCGCCAUGGGCAUCCUGACUACUUGGACCUCGCCGUUGUGAUCGGCCCAAAGUCCAAUGGGAAGGACUGGCUUGAACGAAGGGGGGGCAAUGAAGCAGGAAGUGUCCAUCAUGCAUGGCAAGCUAGCCGGUAG